AUCAUGGGGAUGUUGCUUUGUAUUUUCUCCUUUAUUGGGGUGUUUUUAACGGCAAUGGUAUCUUUUCUGUUUUAUCUUCAUAAAGAAACAGCUAUUGUCAGAGCCAAUAACUCAGAGCUGAGCUUCCUGCUGCUCUUUUCAUUGACUCUGUGUUUCCUCUGUUCACUUACUUUCAUUGGUCGGCCCACUGAGUGGUCCUGUAUGUUGCGUCACACAGCAUUUGGGAUCACUUUCGUCCUCAGUAUCUCUUGUGUUCUGGGGAAAACAAUAGUGGUGUUAAUGGCUUUCAGGGCUACACUUCCAGGAAGCAAUGUCAUGAAAUGGUUUGGACCUGCACAACAACGACUCAGUGUUGUUUUCUUAACGUUAAUACAGGUGAUUAUAUGUGUGCUUUGGUUAACAAUAUCCCCUCCUUUUCCAAAUAGGAAUUUGAGCUAUUACAGAGAAAAGAUUGUCCUAGAGUGUAACUUAGGUUCAGCUCUUGGUUUCUGGGCUGUUCUAGGAUAUACUGGCCUGCUAUCAGUCUUGUGUUUUGUUUUAGCUUUUCUUGCACGGAAGCUCCCUGAUAACUUCAACGAAGCCAAAUUCAUCACAUUCAGUAUGCUCAUAUUCUGUGCUGUCUGGCUCACAUUUAUCCCAGCUUAUAUUAGUUCUCCUGGAAAAUUUACGGUAGCUGUGGAGAUAUUUGCUAUUUUAGCAUCAAGUUUUGGUUUACUAUUUUGCAUAUUUGCUCCAAAAUGUUACAUCAUUUUACUAAAACCAGAGAAGAACACAAAGAAACAAAUGAUGGGGAAAUCUUAAUCUAAAGCCUAUUAAACCUUUAAAUAAGCAUGCCAUUGAACAACAUAGCUGUACAAAGCAACAGUUAAGUAAUCCAACUGAAAACAAAAAAAAGUAAAAUAUGGUUUGUAAUUUUUAGUCAUAAUAACUGAACAAGUUUCAUUAUUACCUGGACAUAUAUAUAUAUAUAUAUAGUACAACAGCAGCACUAGUUUCAGGGCUGUCUGACCCAUUAGUUUUGCUCUCCACAGGCUGUGGCAGGCUCUGCAGUGUAGGCCGGGUCAGCACAAGACACAGUGGACUCUCACUGACCAUCUCCAUCACAGCCAUGUUCUGGACCUGCACUGUGUACUUCCUAAUAAAAAAUGACAUUGACUUUUUGCAAUUAACAAAAAAUGGAAAUUUAAAUUAAUGACCUGUAUUUCUAACAGCUUAUAUAAUAAUAAUUAUAAUAAUAAUAAAACAUCUGUUCUCAGAACAAGGAAAAUAAGUUUUCCACUGAGCCCCACUUUGGUGAGUUUUGUUAAGAUUUUGACUGAAAAGCUGAAAUUUUACUUUGGACACCAAACACUAUCAUCACGUGGUGUUAUGUCCUUGUGUUAUGUUGAAGUUUUUUCUUCUUUCCCAGAUUCUUUUUUCUACUUUUUCUUUCAAUUUCACAGUGCCAUGCCAUUGGUUCACGGCAGGUCACCUGAUCCCUGUGCUUCCUGUGAUGUCAUCAAUCUAGUCUCCAAUCGGCUCAUUACACAGUGGCAUAAAAGUGGAGUAAAGAUGUCACUCACAAGGCCCGAGAGAAUCAGAGAUUUUGAUUUAAAUUUUGGGUUGUUGUAGUGACUUUGUUUUGUGUAUCCCCUGUGUAAUUAGUAACUGUAUAUACUAUGACUUGUGUAACACUGUGCUCAUUCCCUAUUCAUCUUACCUUUCAUUGCUUAAGUCAUAUCCGAGGUUGAAGAAGGGACAUGUAAGCAAGUUGCGCGACUUACAUUGUGCACAUGUAGGGAUUUCACUUGAGUUGUAUUAGAAACACUAGGGCAGGGACGAGCUCCAUCCGCUGUAUUUUUGUUUUGGAAUAGUGUAUUUAGGUAAGAUGUCUGAGACAUAUUCUUUUCUUUCUUCUCAUUGAUAGUUUAGAGCACAUGUGUCAAACUCCACUCCUGGAGGGCCACUGUCUCGUAGAGUUUAACUCCAACCACCCCCAAAACACAUGCCUGGAAGUUUCUAGUAAUCCCGAAGACCUUGAUUAGCUGGCUGGGUGUGUUUAAUAAGGGUUGGAGCUAAACAACUGGACCUAAGCUGAGAUUGACACCCUUGGUUUAGAGGGUAAAGUUAGUUUGGGUUUGAUUAUUUCUUUGAUUUGGAUGCUGUCCGUGUUUCUUCUCCAAUUCUCUUUUCCCCUAUUUUGUUCUAAUAUUUGUGUUUACCAUUCCUUUUUGAUUUUAUAUAUAUAUAUAUAUAAAAUAUGUGUUUGUAAUGUAAGUAGUGUAUAUUUUCUUGUUUAUUUCCCUUCUUAUAUUGUAAAAAUAUAUUUUCUCUUGUUACUCAUAACCUAACAUUACAAAUAAAAUUGCUAGU